AACUAUAAAUGCAGAUGGGGUCUCCAAGAUGGUCAUCAGUUAAUCGGUUACGUUCGCUCGGUGCACCUCUAGCUCCCCGUGUUUUGUGAUUCCCGAGUGAAGAUGAAAUCCUUUGCCUUUGUCGUUCUGGCUGCAUUCAGCUUGGUCGUGGUGGUCAGUGGACGUCCGGGUGGCCAGUACCUGCCACCUCUGCCCGUGAAGCAGGUGUCCGCCGCGCCCAGUUUCCAGCAGGUGGUGCAGCCACAGAUCCAGCAGGCCCUCCAGUCGCAGUUCCACAUUCAGCCCCAGAUUCAGGCUCAGGUGGAGUCCAUCCAGGCCUCCAUUCCACUGGCCAGCUUCACCAUCCAAUCUGGCGGUCAGCAGCACUAUCAGAGUGCUCCGGCUCCAGUUUCGAUCCCUGCCCCUGCUCCAGUUAGCAUUCCUGCCCCGGCGCCCGUGGAGAUCUCGCAGCCAGCUCCGCAGGUGAUCUAUGAGCCACCCAAGCCCAUUGUGGCCACCCAGACGGCGGUGAGCAACGCCUAUUUGCCACCCACUCCUGUCCAGCAAUUUGUGCCCGCUCCGGAACCAGUGGUUAAGACUAUUGCACCACAAGCACAGCAGGAGACGAUCACCACUACUUACGCGGCACCCGCUCCAGUUCCAGUUGCAAUUCCAGUUGCUGCCGUUCAUGAACAGCACCAGGUGGUGCAUCAGACUUACUCCGCUCCAGCUCCUGCUCCUGCUCCUGCUCCGGUUCCAGUUCAGGAACCAGUCUACGCCCCUGCUCCAGUGGCUCAGCAGACUUAUUCAGCCUCAGUUCCGGUUGUCCAGGAACAGACUUAUUCGGCUCCAGCUCCUGCUCCCGUCGUUCAACAGACUUAUGCAGCUCCAGCUCCCGCUGCAGUGGUUCAGCAGACUUACUCCGCUCCAGCUCCCGCUCCAAAGGUUCAGGAACCACAAUUCUACAGUGCUCCAGCUCCCGCUCCAGUUGCUCAGCAAACCUACUCUUACCCAGCUCCAGUGGUGCAGCAAGCUCCUGUUAUUCAGCAAGCUCCAGUAGUUCAGGAAGUCAUUCAGCAAACUCCUGUUGUUCAGCAGACUUACUCCGCUCCCGCUCCAGUGGUGCAGGAAGUUAUUCAGCAAGCUCCAGUCAUUCAGCAAGCCCCAGUGAUUCAGCAAGAUCCAGUGAUUCAGCAAGCUCCAGUGAUUCAGCAAGCUCCAGUGAUUCAGCAAGCUCCGGUCAUUCAUCAGACCUAUAGUGCUCCGGCUCCUGUGAUUCAGCAAGCUCCAGUGGUUCAGGAAGUGAUUCAGAAAGCACCUGCAGUACAGGAAGUUAUCCAGCAAGCUUCAGUGGUGCAGGAACAAACUCAGGUGGUUCAACAGACUUACACUGCACCAGCUCCUGCUCCAGUUGCUCAGCAGACAUACUCUUACCCGGCUCCAGUGACCCAGCAAGCUCCUGUCAUUCAGCAGGCUCCUGUUUAUCAGCAAGCUCCUGUGGUGCAACAGUCUUACUCAGCUCCAGCUCCAGCUCCAGUGGUUCAGGAACAAUUAUACAGUGCUCCUGCUCCAGUGGCUCAGCAGACCUACUCCGCCCCCGCACCGGUUGUCCAGGAACAGACUUACUCCGCUCCAGCUCCAGCUCCGGCACCAGUGAUUCAGCAGACCUACUCCGCUCCGGCUCCAGUUUCGAUCCCUGAGCCUGUCCAGCAAUAUAGUGGUUACUCCUACCAGUCUCCUCAGCCAGUGCCAGCUCCAGUUCCCGUUCAGGUGUCGCUCCCUGCUCCUGCUCCUGCUCCUGCUCCUGCUCCCAUUUCCAUCCCUGCUCCAGUGCAGCUGCAGCAAUCCUUUGUUCCAGCACCACCUGCCCCCAUCCAAGUCCAGCAGCCAUCCCAACCGAUUGUACAGUAUGCUCCUCAGGCGGUGAAACAGCAAGUGACCUACACCCAGCCCGCUCCUGCCCUUGCUUCAGUUCCAGUUCCAGCUCCCGCUCCAGUGCCCGUGGAGAUCGGAACCAGUUACGCCGUCAACGGGGGAUACCUGUACAACAACAUGAAAUUCUUCGCUAUCCUCUCGCUUGCCCUUUUGGCCGUGGCCUCGGCCGAUGUCAGCCAUCUGACCAACACCUACCUGCCCCCCCACUCGGCGGCUGCCUCCACCAGCUACGAGUCGUAUGAGGCUCCCGCUGCCGCUGUGGCCUCCACCUAUGAGGCUCCCGCUGCCGCUGUGGCCUCCACCUACGAGAGCGAGUCCUAUGCCGCCCCCGCUGCCUCCUUCACCAGCGAGUCCUAUGCCGCUCCGGCUGCUGAUGUCGAUACCGCCUCCUAUGCCGCCGAGUCCACCGCCGCCGAGGAGACCUACGAGCAGCCCGCUGCCAGCUACGUCGCUCCCGUGGUGACCAAGACCUACUCGGCUCCCGCUGUCUCCAGCUACUCCUCCGCCCCGGCUGCUGUGUCCAGCUACUCCGCCGCCCCGUCUGCCUCCACCUACAGCUACUCUGCCCCAGCUGUGUCCACCUACACCGCUCCCGCCGUGGUGAAGACCUACACCGCUCCCGCCGUGGUGACCAAGGCCUAUACCGCCCCCGCUGUUGUGAAGACCUACUCCGCCCCUGCCGUGUCCAGCUACACCCAGGCCUACACCGCCCCCGCUGUGGUCAAGAGUUACUCCGCUCCCGCUGUGUCCAGCUACACCGCCCCCGCUGUGGUCAAGAGCUACUCCGCCCCUGCCGUGUCCAGCUACACCCAGUCCUACACCGCUCCCGCCGUGGUUAAGACCUACUCCGCCCCAGCUGUGUCCACCUACACCACUCCCGUGGUGACCAAGGCUUACUCCGCACCCGUGGUCACUAAGACCUACACUGCUCCCGCCGUGGUGAAGACCUACUCCGCCCCAGCUGUGUCCACCUACUCCGCCCCAGCUGUGUCCACCUACUCCGCCCCAGCUGUGUCCACCUACACCGCCAAGACCUACUCCGCCCCAGCUGUGUCCAGCUACUCAGCUCCCGCUGUGGUCAGCAGCCACUCCGGAUCUGCAUACGGAUCCGGAUUCGGAUCCGGAUCGGGAUACGGAUCCUCCGGCACCGUGUACGGCUCCAACGGCGGAUACGUCUAUUUCAUGACGACCAAGGGUUUUAUAAUCUUCGCAAUGACACUAAUUGCAUUAACUGGCGCCCAACCACUGACCCAUGACCAUGCGGUAACGGAAAUGGAAAUGGAAAUGGAUGCGAUGGUGACCACUAAACGUACCAAUUUGGUCAUUCAGGGAAUGGACGACGAGUCCAUGAGGUAUCAUUUCGUCACCGAGCAUCGACCCACUUCGCUGGGACAGAACUACUACCUGAAGCCCGGCCAAAUAGUCGGGGCCGUCAAUCUGGAAUCGGACAUCCUGGAGCGCUCCUUUGCUAUUGUGAUUUUGGCCUUGGCCUCGGCGGGUUGCGCCAGCCCAUUGAGCAAUUCCUAUCUGCCGCCCAAGGUGGGUGCCCAGAGUGGGUAUAGUGCUGCUGCCUCCAGUUCCUCGGAAUCUUAUGCUGCUCCAGCGGCGACCUUUGUCCGAAAGGCAGCUCCUUCCAGGCAGUAUCUGGCUCCAGCUGCAUCCCAAUCUCAUGGUAGUUAUAGCUCGGGAGGAUCUUCGUACUCCGCUCCAGCUGCAUCCCAUGGAUCGUACUCCGCUCUAGCUGCAUCCCAUGGCUCGUACUCAUCCGCCGUGCCCUCCAGGAAGUAUAUAGCUCCUGCUGCCGUGUCCCAUAGCAGUUACUCCGCUGCUCCCGCCGUUUCCCACAAGAGCCAUGCUGCUCCGGCUGCAGUGUCCCAUGGAUCCUACUCCUCGGCUGGCGGCUCUCAUGGCUCUUAUUCCGCUCCAGCUGCUUCGUAUAGCUCGUAUUCCGCACCAGCUGCCUCCCACACUAGCUACUCGGCACCAGUUGCUGCUCCAUCCAAGCAAUAUCUGGCUCCGGCUGCAUCCCAAACCAGCUAUAGCUCCGCCCCUGCCGUUUCCCAUGGAUCAUCAUCUUACUCCGCUCCAGCCGUUUCCCAUGGAUCAUCCUACUCCGCUCCUGCCGUUUCCCAUGGAUCAUCUUACUCCGCUCCAGCUGUUUCCCAUGGAUCUUCCUACUCCCAUGGAUCAUCAUAUUCCGCUCCAGCUGCUUCAACUUCCCACGUUUCCUACUCGGCGCCUGUGGCUUCCAGGAAGAGCUAUGCCGCUCCAGCUGUCUCCCAUGCGAGUUACUCGGGAUCGGGAUCGGGAUUGGGAUAUGGAUCUGGAUCUGGAGCCAGUCAUGUGUCUCUUCAAGGAUCUGGGCUCCGAUCAGGACACGGAUCUAGCUUCGGAUCUGGGCAUAAAUCUGGUUCCCACGCUUCCAAUGGAGGCUAUGAAUACCGCCUGAAGCAUUAAAAGGAUCUCUACAAAAGCGA